AUGGAUCCUUAUUGCGACGGAGCAGAUGCGAUUGUAGGAGAUCACGUUGGAAGCGGCUGUCUCGUAACUUUGUCGAAAGGACGUACUCGAUCGACCCAGCCGCACGUCUCCAGCGGCUUCAUCGAUCAAGCUCCGUCCGCGUCACCUUCAGCGCACCAAUCGACCGGAAACGAGACCCUCACCAAAUCCCAAAUUGGAUCGUGUCGUCCGCGAUCC